GUGCACUCGAAGACUCUGUAACGCGGACAAUGACCAACAGUUUGGUGAUUGAAUUUUUUGCCCGUGUUUUAUUCAGCUUCACACGCGGCGUGACAGAGCAUUACGACCCUGAUGAGCCCGAAGUGGAGAUCUUUGGAUAUAACGAUAGCUUAAGCAGUGAGGGUCGAGAGUGGAAUUGUCAGCCCGUUGAUAAACCUAUUUAUCAGGAAUAUUCACCGCCAUCGGACGACGAUAAUUAUCUCUUGUCAGUUGGUAAUUCUCGAGUUAGAUAUCGGGUCAUUGACGCGAGCUCACCUGACGAAGAUGAAGACGAACAGCAAGAUGAAUAUAAUGAAAUGGCUUGGAAGCAAUUCAGACCAUCCAUUCUUCGCACAGUAUGUCAAUCAAUGUACAUCGGCGCAUUAAUUUCACUUUUAACUCCAGCCAUCUUUGGCCUUUUUUACGUCAUGAUCUGUUACGUCUCUUAUGAAAUAGUACUUAACUGCCAAUUUCACCCGAAUGAGACAAUCCCAGUUAAAAUACAGUGGAUCAGAACAUUGUCUGACGUGAUAAGUGUUGCCUUUCUUUACAUGUGGUUCUUUGUAGGAAUGCUAUUUCUUUUUCGACCGUAUCAGUUAAAGGGCGUGAAAAGAAAACUUAUUCUUGUUGAUUUUGUCUUGUUCUGUGUGGAUACAGUGUAUCGUGUUGUCCUUCAAGUCUGUGGAAUAUCUCAUUCCAAGCUUUCUGUGACUCAGAAGAUUCCUCUCUCCGUUAUGUUUCUAAUUAGCAUAUGUUGGAAAGUUUAUCUUCUAACAAAUCACUUCCGGAACCUGUCGAGGAGAGCGACUUUAUUUAUAAAAUUGACGACACCUUACUGCUCCGUUCUCUUUCUUGCCGUCUUAGUAGCAACGCUUAUUUAUCCAAUGUACAACAAACAAACUGAAAGUGGAAAACUCCUCAUUGCACUCUUCUCGCCUCUCUUUGGAGUAAUCUUUAAGGUAAUCUUACGACUUUGCACUCAACGCUUGAAGAAAGUUGUUCAUCCGGGAUACUCCUACAUCCUGUUAGUGCCGUUGUAUUUUGGAUCAGCGGUCAUGUUUCGAGUAAUGCAGGCAGAACUUGAUAACCUUAAAUUCAUCGCUGUUCUUGGAAUAAUUCACGGCGCGGUAGAAGUUUUAGAACGAAGUGCCAUGGUCUUCAUUGAUCAUAUUUGUCAUGUAAUCUUGAAAAGAAAAUCAGCUCCAUGGGGAAGUUUUCGCACUCCUCGCCGCGAGAGACUAAUGGCUGAUAUCGUCAUCAUAAGCAUGUUGUCCGAAUCAACUGCUAUUGUGUGCGUUAACGGAUUGUUGUACGUAUACCAAUUCAUUUACUUACAAAACAUCUCAUUGUUGAAGCUGCUUCAGGAAUUUGUUAUACGUACCUCAGUUCCGCUGGUUAUUGAAUGGUUUUUCACCGGCGUAUCCCUGGCCAUCGAGACUCGCUUUCAGAAUAUCGCGGUUAUGGCUGUUUGGCGUAAAAGAUGGAAAAGACACAUUUUGUUUGCUAUAACUAACCUGGUUCCGCUAGCUAUUUGGACGACAGGAAAUCUCUUGGAAGUUGUGCAUGGGCGCUUUGAUGAGUCUGAAGGUCACCCUUGCAAAAUGCCCUUUUCAUAGAGAACU